GGGGUGUGUUUAUGCCGAGGGGCGGCCGGACACCGCCGCGCCAUCGCCAGUGUUGUGGUAGGUUCUACCGAGCGCGGUCGUAUCACUGUUACCGCAAAUCUUCGGACAAUAUAUCAAGUGAUUAAAUGAAUGCAUUCGUGAAAUUGGUGUGAGAUGGCCUUAUCGUUGCAGUCGAGCCAAAACUCCAGAGGUGUAUCGGUAAGGUCGCUGACAAGUAUGCGUCAGGAGUCCCUGCCGAUGUUAGCAGAGCGGCUACUGGCAAGCCGAGCAGCGGCUUUAGUAGCGGGCCUGCCGGCGGAACUGUAUUCGGGAGCUCUGCUAGCCGCCUGGCCGCCCUCACCUCCCACGCCGCUCCUGCCACCGCCUCUUCCUGAGAUAGAGCGCGCUCGCAAACGUCGCCGCACUCCUAAGCUCGAUGACAGUCUACCAACCGGACCACCUUCGCCACCCUCAUCUGGCUCAUCGCCCGGUGCCGCCGACCCACCUCGAGACAAACUCUUCACUUGUAAAGUUUGUUCAAGGUCGUUCGGCUACAAACACGUUCUCCAGAAUCAUGAACGGACGCACACCGGCGAAAAACCCUUUGAGUGCGGUGAAUGUCACAAGCGAUUCACGCGUGAUCACCACCUGAAGACGCAUCUUCGCCUUCACACCGGCGAGAAACCAUACAGUUGUCCACAUUGCCCUCGUCAUUUCGUGCAAGUUGCGAAUCUUAGGCGACACCUUCGCGUACAUACCGGGGAGCGCCCCUACGCGUGCGCGCGAUGCCCUGCUCGCUUCUCAGACUCCAACCAGCUCAAAGCACACGCUCUCGUGCAUGAAGGUGACGCACCGUUCGCUUGCCGCUGCGGCGCCAGAUUCAGGCGACGGCAGGCGGCGGCCUUGCACCGAUGCUCGGGCGGCAGCUGUGAGCCCGACACACCCAGCCCUCCUGCGGCCAUCGCCCCAGAUUGGCGCUGGGACGAUUGGCCUGAGCAGACAGAACCCGAAGACCUGUCGCUACCGCGUAGGCCGGCCACGCCGGACUCGCCGACCGACCUGCGUAUGCACUCGGCGUAG